AUGGUCGCACUUGAGCCAUAUUCUGUUGAAGUAUUAUGGAUUUUAAUUAUUGGUUUUCUUGUGGCAUUUGUAUUAGCAUUUGGUAUUGGAGCAAAUGACGUUGCUAAUUCAUUUGGUACAAGUGUUGGUAGUAAGGUAUUAACAUUGAAACAAGCAUGUAUUCUAGCAACAAUAUUUGAAAUACUUGGAUCAAUAUUAAUUGGGGCGAAAGUGUCUGAUACGAUACGGAAAGGUAUUAUUGAUCCAGGUGAAUUUGCAAAAGAUCCAAAAGAAUUAAUGCUCGGUCAACUUUCAUCAUUAAUUGGUUGUUGUAUCUGGUUAUUAGUUGCAACAUUUUUUAAUUUACCUGUAUCAGGUACACACAGUAUUGUAGGUGCAACAAUUGGCUUUGCUCUUGUUUCUAAGGGUUCACAAGCUAUAAAGUGGCGUGUCUUCGCUACAAUUGGUGGUUCAUGGAUUAUCUCACCUGCAUUAGCUGGUACUAUAUCCGUUGUUUUUUUUAUAUUUAUACGAAAAUUUAUUCUUGAAAAAAGUGAUCAUUUGAAUGUUGGUCUUGCUUGGUUACCUUGGUUUUAUGGUGGUACAAUAAUGAUCAAUGUUUUUUCAAUAAUUCAUUCAGCACCACCAAUGCUAUAUUUUGAUCGUAUUAAAUUGUGGGGAAAUGUUAUAAUAACACUUUCUGUUGGUCUUCUAGUUGGUCUUUUCGUUAUGUUUGUUGUUAAACCACGUUUAAAACAUAGUAUUGAACAAACAUUAAAAAAGAAAAAUGAUCAACUAAAUAAAGAUGAUACGCCACAAUUAACUAAGACAGAAGGUCGAUUUGAAACAUAUACUGUAGCUCGUCUUGAAAAUGUCAAUUCAAGUGAUAAGGAAACUCAAAUUGAUCAUGUAUCUCUACUUAAAGAAUUUGAUUUAAUACGUUAUCAACAAAAUCAUCCUGAACAAUAUCGACCAUAUGUUGAAAUGCAACGAAUACGAAAAGAUUCUGAAACUUUAUCAAACUCAGGUCAUAGUGCAGUAUCACGUGUGCGUCGUGAUGGUGAUCGUGUACGUUAUGAAUUAAUUUCAACAGAUAAUUCGGUUCCCAUAGGACAUCGACCUACUCCUAAUCCAUCAAUUAUUCGUGAAAAAACAAAAAUUUAUCGUUUACCACAAUAUACAAAUGCACCUAGUAUAGCAGGUUCAGUAAUCAAUGAAAAUAAAAGUUUAUUAUUAUCAUCUGAGGAUGAUAAUAUGUCAACUAUAUCAGCUAAUCAAAUGAGUUCAAAUGAAGAUUUAGAUGAAGUUGAAGAUAAAAUGCCAGAAAUAGCAGCGAAAAAGAAAAAAAUUGAUACAACAAGUGAUUCACUAGAAAUUGCGGCUAUUUUUAAAUAUUUACAAAUUCUUACCGCUAUAUUUGGCGCAUUUGCUCAUGGUGGAAAUGAUGUUAGUAAUGCAAUUGGUCCUUUGAUUGGUCUUUGGUUAAUCUAUACCGAUGGUUCUGUUGUCACAAAAUCAUCAAUACCUCUUUGGGUGCUUUUCUAUGGUGGUAUAGGUAUAUCAGUUGGUCUUUGGGUCUGGGGUCGUCGUGUUAUACGAACUAUUGGUGAAGAUUUAACAAAAAUUACACCAUCAAGUGGUUUUAUUAUUGAAAUUUCAACUGCAUUCACCGUACUUGUUGCAUCGAAUUUAUCAAUUCCAAUAAGUACAACUCAUUGUAAAGUUGGAAGUGUUGUAGCUAUCGGUCGUAUUCGUUCCAAACAAAGUGUUGAUUGGUCUUUAUUUCGAAAUAUUAUUGUUGCAUGGAUUGUUACAGUUCCCGUUACUGGUGGAAUUGCAGCUGGUGUGAUGGCUCUUUUACGUCUUAUCUUAUAG